AUGAUUGGCUGGAAUGAUUUACCAGUUGAGAUGAGGUUCGAAAUAAUACGACAUUUUGACUAUAUAGAUCGGUAUUAUCAAAAAAAAAACAAAACUUUUAAUCUAAAACUUUAUAUUUUCAGCUACACAUUUGCUAAAUGUUCGUUACAAUGUUUGCGAGAAAUAAUCCGCGGAGGGGAUGAAGAAAUUGAAAACAUUCGAAUUGAAUGCUUCAUGCCAAAAAGUAUUUGGGCGCUGACGAUGAAUAAUCAUUUUAUAGAGUUUCAGCAACUUGGUUAUUUAUGUCGAAUCAAAUAUCGUGGCGAAAUUCUUUGGAAAGGAAUUGAAAGUAGCAAAAAUAUGGCUUAUGAGUUUAUUGAGAGCAUUCUGAAACAAUUUCAAUAUUGUGUUCGUAGUUUGACUCUUGAAAAUGUGAGUUUUAGAAAAAGAAAAAGAAUCACACAGUUUUCACACUUCAGGUAGAUUUCAUGGCUAAAGAUGAAUCAAUCGAUACUUUUCCAUGGCUUGAAUCGCUUUCGCUCCACAAUACUUCAAUAAAUUCAUCGUUUUCAUUUCUUUCGAAAGCGGAAAAUAUUACAAGCUUAUAUAUAAACGUAGUUGAUUUAGAAACAAUUGGAAAAACGAGUCAGGUCAGAUUUGAGCAAUUUGAUUCAAUUUUUCUUUUUAAUUCUACAGAUAAAUCUUCCCGUGGAGUUCAAAUUAUUAUCGAUCGAAAAAUUGUUUUUCAAAACAAAUUGCGCACAUUUUGCCUCGAAUUUUAUUGAUAGAUUAACAUUAUCAGCAGCAAAGAAACAAUUUUCAAAAGUGGAAUUUUACAUCUUUGACCAGAAUUUUAUGGAUGUGGAUCAGAAAUUGAUGGAAAUUUUCAAAAAAUCGGAAAAUGUUGUCACUAAUUUGAGACUAACCAAUGAGCAAUUUGUUGAAUUAGCUAACUUGCUCGAAAAUUUGGAGUGCAAUGCUGAAAUAAUGGAUCCAUCGAAAAUUAUCGAUUUUUUAUUGAAGUUCAAAACGACUGGUCGAGAAAAUUUCCUUUUGGAAAAAGUUGAUAAAAGUAUAAUGGAAUUUGGCGAAAUUUUAAAAUUCACUCCGGCAACUAAUGCGUUUAAUGAUAUUGUGAGAGAUUUAUAGUGGGUUUAUUUUAAAAGUGAGAAAAAAUCCAAUGAAUGAUUUUUCAGCUACUUCAAAACGGAUUAUGUGACUGGCAUGUAUAGACCUAUUCGUAAAACAUUGCGUUUUUAG